AUGGAUCCCUCGGUCGAGACGAGCUGCAAUGCUGCAGAGAUCCAGACGCCAUGCCCCAAUGCCAAAUACAAGCAUGGAUGGCGCAGGAUCGUCCGGAACUUCACGCCCUCCUGGUUUUCGGUCAACAUGGGCACCGGCAUCGUCUCCAUCCUGCUGCACAACCUGCCCUACAACGCCGUCUGGCUGUACUGGAUCUCCGUCGCCCUCUUCAUCCUCAACGUGCUCCUCUUCACCACCUUCCUCGCCAUCACGACCCUGCGCUACGUCCUCUACCCGCGCAUCUGGUCCGCCAUGAUCAACCACCCCGUCCAGUCCCUCUUCCUCGGCACCUUCCCCAUGGCCCUCGCCACCAUCAUCAACAUGAUCGUCUUCGUCUGCGUCCCCAUCUGGGGCCACCGAGCCGUCCACGUGGCCUGGUCCCUCUGGUGGCUCGACGCCGCCCUCUCCCUCGCCACGUGCACCUCCCUCCCCUUCGCCACCAUGACCCUCCACGCCCGCACCACCUCCCUCGCCUCCAUGACCGCCGCCUGGCUCCUCCCCGUCGUCGCCACCAUCGUCGCCGCCGCCUCGGGCGGCAUCGUCGCCGAGGUCCUCGGCCCGAACCGCCCCGACCUCGCCGCCACCACCCUCGUCGCCUCGUACGUCCUCUGGGGCGCCGGCGUCCCGCUGGCCUGCGUCGUGCUCGCCAUGUACUUCCACCGCCUCGCCCUCGAAAAGCUGCCUCCCGCCGACGCCAUCGUCUCCGUCUUCCUCCCCCUCGGCCCGCUCGGCCAGGGCGGCUUCGGCAUCAUGCAGCUCGGUAGGGUCGCGAGGGACGUGUUUCCCGUUACGGGGACCCUGGGCGGGGGCGGGGGUGGGAGCGGUGCUGCUGCUGCCGGUGAUGUGUUGUACGUCGUCGGCUGGCUGGCCGCCGUCGUCAUGUGGGGGUUCGGUCUCGUGUGGCUGAUUUGGGCCGUGGCGAGCGUGGCGAGCGUGACGAAGAACAGCGCCCGCCCCCGCGCGCGCGCGCGGCUCCCGCCGUUUAACAUCGGGUGGUGGGGCUUCACGUUCCCGCUCGGCGUCUUCGCGGCGUCGACGGCGACGAUGGGCGAGGAGCUGCCGUCGCGGUUUUUCGCCGUGCUGGGGACGGCGCUGUCGUGCGUGGUGGCGGCGCUGUGGGUGGGGGUCGCGGCGGGGACGGCGCGGAGGGCGUGGAGCGGGGAGAUGUUUUUUUCGCCGUGCGUGAAGGGGAUGGAGGAGAAGGUGGGGUUGAUGAGGGGGGUGGAGGGAGUGGAGGUGGAGGGGGAGGGGGAGAGGGUGGAUUGA